AUGGAGUCCUCUCACAAUCUUGGAGAUGCAGAAGAGUGUCAAAGCAGCGAGUCCGGGUGGACGAUGUAUAUUGGCUCCCCCAUAGACAACAGUGAUGACGGUGAUGAUAAUGAUAGCGAUGUUGGAGACAACAACAACAAUGAUGAUUAUGUCAAUCGUAUCAUUAAACAUGAAGAUGAAAGUGAUGAUUCCAUGGCUUCUGAUGCUUCUUCUGGACCGAGUCAUCGGGAAAAUUCAUGGGGAAGUGGAAAGGGUAGUUCUGGAAAGCAUUGCUCAAACAAGAAAGAUAAGCAUACUGUGGAGAAGAUGACUGGAAAUGAAACAAGGAAGCUAAAGAAAGAGAAGGAAGAGGUAGUGUUUGCUUCAAAAGGAGCUAAAAUUGCAAGCCGAAGUAGUGAGAAGGAUUACAUUCGUUCUGAUUUUAACUUAAAUGAAUUCUUCAUGCAUUUCGAAAGGGUACUUUACGAGAAGCGAUACAAGGAGUUAGAAGCAGGAUAUGCUUUGUGCCAAAGGUUGCCAAAGGUGAAAGCAACAAUAAGAAUGUUAAUUCAAAUGGGUAAUGUUUACACAAAAAAGAUAUUUGAAGAAUUUCAAAACGAGUACUUUCGAUCCAUUAAAUCGGACAUAGAAGCAAUUGAAUAUAGCGAGGCUAGUACCAUUUACAUAGUUGUUGAUGUUGGUAACAACAUGCAAGGAAAGUGA